AUGUCCCCCCACAACGACGCUCCUUCUCCCGCAGGUAGCUUCACUCAAUCGUUCAACAUGUCCUUCCGCCCUGCCGCCGGUUCAGGUCUCCGAGUCUCCUCAAGCAAGUCUAACAGCAUCUUCGACGCUCCAUUGAACGACUCACAAUACUCCUCCUCAUACAGCAGCGCAUCAUUCGACCCCGAAGACCACAUGGCUCGUCACUUGGUCCCCGGAAUCUACGUCCCAACGCCCUGCUUCUUUGACCCGGUUACGGAAGACCUCGAUACCGCAACCAUUGCUUCACAUGCGGUACGUCUUGCUCAAGCGGGCGUCAAAGGUUUGGCGACGCAAGGCUCCAAUGGCGAGGCUGUGCACCUCACCCAUUCCGAACGCCAGACAGUCACCUCCACCACCCGCUCCGCGCUGGACUCGGCCGGCUUCUCUCAUGUCCCCAUCAUCGUUGGCUGCGGAGCACAGUCGGUGAGAGAGACGGUACAAUACUGCCGCGAGGCGUACGCUGUGGGCGGCGACUAUGCUCUUGUGCUUCCUCCUGCAUACUACGCAGGUCUCUUUGCUCCGGCGUCAGCGAGUGUCGUCGAAUUCUUCCAGACGGUGGCCGACCAAUCCCCCAUCCCCAUCCUCAUCUACAACUAUCCAGGGGCCGUGUCCGGCAUGGACCUGUCUUCCGACGUCAUCAUCCAGCUUUCGGCACACCCGAAUAUCGUAGGUGUCAAGCUCACAUGCGGCAAUACCGGGAAGCUGAACAGGAUUGUGGCGGCGACCAAGUCUGCAAAGCCACAAUCGUCAAGUACCGCCCCGCCGUUCUUGGUUCUGGGAGGAAGUGCCGACUUCACCAUGCAGAGUUUGAUUGGUGGUGGUCACGGUAUCCUCGCUGGAUUGGCCAACAUCUCGCCUAAGGCUUGUAUCGAGAUCAUGCGCCUGUACCGUGAGGGCAACUUUGCAGAAGCACAAGCGGUGCAGGAGAUUGUUGCCAGAGGUGACUGGACGGCGAUCCAAGGUGGCAUCGUGAGCACUAAGGCCGGUAUGGAGAGCUGGCUCGGAUACGGAGGCUAUGGUCGCUCUCCUCUGCCUCGUCCUACCAGCGAACAGAGCGCAAAGUGGAAGGAGGGCUUCAGGGAGCUCUUCACAUUGGAGAAGAGUCUGUAA